AUGAAGGUGAUCGGUUUCUGGCCCCCCGAGUCGAAAACUGAGGAACGAUUGUUGAAUGGAGUUUUGGGUUAUACAAUAUACGUAGGAUGCCUCGCUUUGUGGAUAGAGUCGACCGAAAUAUAUCUAGGUAAAGGCGACUUUUAUGCCCUCACGUACACCGCUUGUAGCAGUAUGCCGGUAGUCACAAUUUUGUCGAAGGUAACCUUGUUUCUUCUUCAUCGAAAAGACCUGCUGAGUAUGUUGAAAUAUACAGAGGAAAAUUUUUGGAACGCCCAGUACGACGAGUACGGCAGCAAUAUUUUGGAAAGGAUUAACAAAAAGGCAAUAAUAUUAAUGUGCGCGUUUACGUUCUUCGUUCAAGGAACCGUUGCCACCUAUAUGCUGACUCCUCUAAUCGAAAAUAUAGGAAGAAACGAGACCGACAGAAUACUCCCGUUUUCUCUUUGGAUUGGAAUCCCGACAACCAUUUCGCCUAACUUUGAAAUACUAUUCGCUAUUCAGAUUACAGCGCUCAUUCACUGUGGCGUGUGCUUCUGUUGCUUCGACAAUCUCUUGGGUUUAUUGAACCUGCACACUGCAGGCCAGUUCAAAAUUCUGCAACACCGGUUGGGAAGCAUUCUCAAGAGGGUCGAACGGACCGAUACCGUAAGGUCACUCGACGAGAAACAGAGGCGGGGAGUAUACGAAAACCUCAGAGAGUGCGUCAAAUUGCAUCACGAGCUAAUCUGGUACAGUGAAAAAAUGGAACAAAUUUUCAUGUACACAACCCUUUGUCAGCUGUUGGUGUCCGGCGUCAUGCUUUGCGUCGCGGGCUUUCAGGUAUUUUUGGCCCGAGGUACUCUCGUCAGACGAAUGAUAUUCAUCGCUCAUACAAACGGCUGCUUCAUCCAGCUGUUCGUGAUCACGCUGACGGCGAACGAAUUAAUGGACGAGAGCCGAGCGGUCGGAGACGCGGCGUACAACGCCAACUGGCAGGUCUUGUCCCACGAGGAGAACAGGGCAGUCAGGAAAGCCAUUCUGAUGAUCAUGGUGCGAUCCGCACGUGCCUGCUCCAUAUCCGCUGGCGGUUUCUUCCCGGUGUCUCUCGAGACGUUUAUGGCGGUAUUGAGCACCGCGGCGUCCUACUUCACCUUGCUUCGCAAAUUUGUGGAGUGAGCGCUCAAAAGUAGGGAAUUCAAACUUACUAUAAAAAA